AUGAUCUUCGGCAAGAAGGAGUCAAACAAGAUGAGCGAGCAGCAGGUGUUCAUCUUGUGGUCGAUUUCUCACGACAAGUCGGUGACCAUGUUGCAGUACCUGAAGGACACUCUUUUCGACAUACGCAACGACAGGAGGCGUGGUCCAAACUUGGGCCAUGUGGUGUCCAAGUUAGCCGAGUACUUUGGGGUUGACAUCGACGAACCCCCAAUCCGUGCCAAGCCAUUUUCACAGAAGGACCUCUGGCACGCCGGCUACCUGAUCAACCCACACACUCCGAAGCCCGUCACCAAGCUGUCCAGCUACAAGGCCUAUUGUGAGGAAAUGGGUAUACCGUUUCCGGACGAUGAUACGUCGGCUGGUCCAGCCGGCAAGAACUCUCAGGAUGAUGACGGGUACGACUCCGACACCGACAGACAUCCCGCUCACGAGACCAUUCAACCUCCUCCAUCAAUAGACGUGCACAGGGGUGCAUCUUCCCAGCCGGGUGCUCCAAUUUGGUUCUCCGAGUAUAAGGCUCGGAAUCAGGUACGUUGGAAAACUUUCACCGAGCAGAACAACGCGCGUUGGACGUCGUUCGUGGAGUCCAACAAUGCACGUUGGACGGAGCAGACCAAGAGGUGGGACGAGUUUAUGCAGUCUAAUGCGGCGCACUGGACAGUCCAUGAUGCCCGAUGGGACACUUGGGCGGACCAGCAGUACCAGCAGUUCUAA